AAACGUAUACAAAUUAUAUAAUCCUUCAAUUUUAAUAUUUUAAGGCGUAAACAAAUCAGGGCGAAACCUCGCGAUAAAUCGCGAGACUUGGAGUCUUCCAUCUUGCCACGUUCCAGCGCAUGCAGUGGGCGGGGUUUAACCCGCGGCUAUCCACACGAUUGAAUCAAGGCAAGAGCUUUUGUAUGGGGAUUGGAUGGAUUUUUAUUUACGCCCCGCCUACAGCCACAUUCCACAUUGAUCACUGGCCGAAUGCUGAGUCACUCAAACCCAGUGGUCGGUGCAGAGGGAGGGUUUGGUUUUACUGGGUUUCAUUAUUUAGAUCUCUACAAAAUUCUGUAAGAUUAAAAUGUCAGCGUGAAUCUCAGAUUAAUUACAGAGAAAAGAGACACAAUCAACAUCCGACAAGAGACAAUGGCCACGAAGAAAACGUCACGAGGACAAAGCAAGAAAGACGCCAAACUGCAAAUGAAUAAAAAUGGGAAAAAGGGCGGAGCUAAAGGCAGCGUGUCGUUCUUCACCUGGUUCAUGGUUCUGGCUCUUCUGGGUGUCUGGACCUCUGUCGCUGUUGUAUAUUUUGAUCUGGUGGAUUAUCAGGGUGUCCUCGGUAAACUCUCAUCCUACGAUGCUGACGGCGAUGGAGACUUCGAUGUGGAGGAUGCUAAGGUCUUGUUGGGACUGAAGGAGAAGCCUGAUGUUCUGCCCUCUGGACCAUCUUCUCCUGCUGAAGUCCCAGAGCCUGAUGUAGAGGAACAGAUCCACGCUGCUAAUGGUGAUGAAUCAGCUCAGCUUCCUCCAGAGCCUGAGGCCGUGGAGGAAGAGGAGCCUGAGGCCGUGGAGGAAGAGGAGCCUGAGGCUGUGGAGGAAGAGGAGCCUGAGGCCGUGGAGGAAGAGGAGCCUGAGGCCGUGGAGGAAGAGGAGCCUGAGGCCGUGGAGGAAGAGGAGCCUGAGGCCGUGGAGGAAGAGGAGCCUGAGGCCGUGGAGGAAGAGGAGCCUGAGGCCGUGGAGGAAGAGGAGAAUGAGGCCGUGGAGGAAGAGGAACCGGAGGCCGUGGAAGAAGAGGAACUGGAGGCCGUGGAGGAAGAGGAACCGGAGGCCGUGGAGGAAGAGGAGCCUGAGGCCUUGGAGGAAGAUGUAGAAUCACUGAUUGAAGAACAAGAAGAGGUUCCUGAUGUAGUUGAGGAUGAGCCAAGUAUAAUAAAUGAGGUGGAAAUGGAAGCAAUAGAAGAAGCUGUGCUUGUUAAUGAGGUUAACAAUGAGGCAUUUGAGGAACCUACAUCUGCUGAAGAAGCAGCUGAAGUGGAAAGUGAGGAAAUUGCACAAGUGGUAGAAGCUGUUGUAGAACCAGUAGAGGAACGUAGCAUAUCUGAGGAAGCUGUUGAAGAGCCAGUUGAGGAAAUUAUCCCAGCUGAGGAAGAAGCUGCUCUGGUUGAGGAGGUAUUUGAAGAAGCUACCCAUGUUGGAGAGACUGUAGAAGAGUUCCUCUCUCUUGAGCAGACAGAAGAGGCAGCACCAGUUGAAGUAGUCGAGGAAAGCAUUCCUGUUGAAAAAGCAGUUCUUGUAGAAGAAGCAGCUGCUGUAGAAGAGAAAGAAGUUGCAACUUCAGUUGAGGAAGUAGUGGAAGAAACACUAGAAGAAUCUGCCUCUGUUGAAGUUGGUGUAAAAGAGGCAUUUCCUUCAGAAGCAGCAGUUCCUGAAGAGGAAGCUUCUGUAGAGGAGGCAGUUUCAGUUGAGUUAGAAGUGGAGGAGCUUCCAACAGUGGAAGAGGGAGCUGAGGAAGUAACACCUACUGAAGAAACAAUAGAAGAUCUGGAAGAGGUGGCUCCUGCAGAGGAACUGACAGACGAGGCCUUAGAAGAGCCUGAGGUUGCAACAGAAAAGCAGGAAGACACACAGCAAACAGAAACAAUGGGAGAAACAGAGGAGGCAAGUGAAGAUGAAGAGCCAGAAGAAUCCACAGAGGAUGUUGUAGAAGAACAGAGUGAAGACGAGCAGACGGAAACCUAAGUUUUGGCACCUUGUGUGGAGGUACAGAGGAUCAUCCCACUAUGACUGGGCAGCUGCAGUGGAUUAACAGUGAACAACCCCAGCAUCCAAAUCAACUCCUUUAAUCUUUUUUAUUUUAUUACACUCAGAUUUUUGAAUGAUAACACACACGUGUACAUGUUUGAGUUGGGUUUUAUCUUAUUCCCUUUCCUUUUCCCUCCUAAACAGCAGCUCUGUCCUUUUCCCACUUUAGUUUCUAUUAGAAGUGAAACCACUGUUGGGUUUGUUGAGAAUCAGAAACUUCCUGUGUAUUGAAGCUGCUUCGUAAGUGUGAGAUCUGUGUGUGUGUGUGUGUGAGUGUGUGAGUGUGUGAGUGUGUGAGUGUGUGAGUGUGUGUGUGUGUGUGUGUGUGGAUAUAUAAUCAUGCCAUGAUGUUAAUGUGAAGUUAUGACACAAAGCUGCACUGAUGUGUAUAAUGGCUUUCACUCCUCACUUCACCUCAGUGUUACAGAAAGAGGCAUGUUUUGUAAUGCUAACGUGUGUGUGUGUGUGUGUGUGUGUGUGUGUGUGUGUGUGUGUGUGUGUGUGUAUCUGCAUCUGUCCCUUGAGCCGUGUUUUUUUUUUUUUUUAUUACAGAGCCACAAAUCACUUUAUGACUCUUCAGUUUAAUUGUACGGUCAUUUGUAAGUCAUCAGUUUAAUUGUACACAGAGAGCCUCUUGGUGUGUUCUGUGUGUGUGAUCCUCUUUGAUUUUCAGAUAUUUUUCACUAAUUCAUGAGACAUGUGACAGAGACAGUUAAAGCCAACACCUGAUGUCAUCUCACGUACCUCCUUCUGUCUGAUCGUUAUUUUAGAUUUGGCCUCAGUCUAAUCAGUUCAGUUUCAGUGACACAGCUAAUUAGCAGUAGGUGUGUGCCAAUACUUAUAAUCACAUCACCAUUUCAUCAAAAUGUUUUUUUUAAUGAUGAGAUAAUUCUGAUUGUGUUCCACUCUUACCAGCAUGUUUCACGUUUACUGUCACUGAUCCGUUCAGGUUUCAGCCUCAGACAUUAGACACACUGCUUCUAUAAAGCAUUAUAAAGUUUCACAGAAGAGACUUCAGUGUUAAACUGAUGGUGUUUAUUUAAAGUGUUCACAAUCAUUGUUUAGCGCACAUUUAGUUUCAGUGAAGAGUUUGUACAGAGACAGAACACUAAUGAUUCACAUCACACACAUGCAAUCAUUGAUGUGAUUCUGAUUUAACACACACUAAGAGAUUGCAGGUUAGCUUUGAUAUUUCACACCUAAAAUGUGUGUGUGUGUGUGUGUGUGUGUGUAUAUAUAUAUAUAUAUAUAUAUAUAUAUAUAUAUAUAUAUAUAUAUAUAUAUAUACGUAAACACAACACUUGGAGUCAAUGUGAACUUUUAAAGUAGAGUUAUGUUUGGGUUAAUUUCUUUCUUUUUUGUGCUAUGUUCCUAAGCCAUAAGUGGGACGUGGGAUUUGGAGGAUAAAAAAACAAAAACCAGCAAUAAAUCUUUCUGCAAGUAAUUUAAUUGCUAUUUGUGUUUAAACAGGUUUUUAUUUUUGAUUAGGUUUACAUGAUAUUCUGCUGUAUGGGUCAAACACACGUUAACUUAUUGCAGUUUUAGAGACGUUUGGGUCACAAUUUUGUAUGACAGUUUUAGGUUUGAUUGCUGCAAUAAAGUUUGGGACAAAAGUG